CGGGGCAAUACGAGACGCUGCCCCCCCCCGGGGUCCGUGCUGGGGAGGAGCCCGGCAUUAACCCCUCCCUGCCCGGCCGGGGGGGCUUUCCCCAGCUGGGACCAGCCCCGGGACGGGGCCCGCAGCAUCAGAGACGCCCAUGGCUGGAGAUGGGACACGGGAUGGCGUGGGUCAGUGAGCACUCUCCCUCUCAGGUGCCUGUCCGCAUGCUCCGUGGUUGGUUUUAGUGUGCGGGUGCCUGUGAGACAGAGGACGUCAGACCAGAUGAUCUGGUGGCACCUUCUGGCUUUAGACACGAGGACUCUAGCAGGGUUUCCAAACCUGAUGUGAUCUCCCAGCUACAAUGAGGGGAGGAGCUGUGGGUCCGAGACCCAGAAGAAAGACUGUUCGUGAAAUUUGCCUGCAUAGGUGAGGAAUCAUUAAUCCAAGUCAAAAACUGUCAGUGCCUGAAGGAAACAACUGGGAUUCCCUACGAAGACCUUGGGAGCUCUCUUUUCCAUUCCUGUUUCCCUCUCUAUCCCAGCAGAUGUUGGGAUGGUGAUUAAGAAUGAGAAACAGAAUCCUUAGCAGAAGGCUGCUGUGCAAGUGGAAAGGUGUAACAUUAUUGCAGGGAUCCAAAGGGAAUGUGUCCAUGAGACAUGAGUAGGAAAACGUCAGUGAGCGUCCGCACAAGCCAAAGAUGCAGCAGGAAAACCAACCAGGCGAGAGAGGGGGUAAAUCCAUCAGUUGUUGGGAAACUCAAAAAGACCUCAAUGAAAGCCCAGCCCAGCCGAGAAACCUCAUGGGAGAGAGAAAAAACACAUGUACCGAGUGUGGGAAAAAGUUCAGUAACCGCUCAGGCCUUAUUAACCAUGAGAGAAUUCACACAGGGGAGAGACUUUAUGAAUGCAGUGAGUGCAGGAAAAGCUUCACUCGGAGCUCACACCUUAUAAGACAUCAGAGAAUGCAUACGGGAGAGCGACCGCAUGAAUGCAGUGAGUGCAGGAAAACCUUCAGUAACCGCUCAGACCUUAUUAGACACCAGAGAAUCCACACAGGAGAGCGACCGCAUGAAUGCAGUGAGUGCAGGAAAACCUUCAGUAACCGCUCAGACCUUAUAAGGCAUCAGAUAAUCCACACUGGGGAAAGACCUUAUGAAUGCAGUGAGUGCAGGAAAAACUUCAGUUACCGCUCAGAUCUUAUUAGACAUCAGAAAAUCCACACAGGAGAGAGACCCUAUGAAUGCUGUGAGUGCGAAAAAAACUUUGGUGACAGAUCAGCCCUUAUUAAUCAUCAGAAAAUCCACAUGGGAGAAAGACCCUAUGAAUGCUGUGAGUGUGGGAAAAGCUUCAGUUACCGCUCAGAUCUUAUUACACACCAGAGAAUGCACACGGGAGAGAGACCCUAUGAAUGCUGUGAGUGCGGGAAAACCUUCAGGCAGAGCUCACACCGCAUUCGACAUCAGAGAAUCCACACGGGAGAGAGACCCUAUAAAUGCCGUGAGUGUGGCAAAAAUUUUGCUGACAGUUCAGCCCUUACUAAUCAUCAGAGAAUUCACACAGGAGAGAGACCUUAUGAAUGCUUUGAGUGUGGGAAAAACUUCAUUGAUGGCUCAGCCUUUACGAAACAUCAGAGAACGCACACUAAUGAGAGACCCUAUGAAUGCUGCGAGUGCGGGAAAAACUUCAGUGUGAGCUCAGCCCUUAUUAGACAUCAGAGGAUCCACACAGAAGAGAGACCUUAUAGAUGCUCUGAAUGCAGGAAAGGUUUCCAUCAGCGCUCAGCCCUUAUUUAUCAUCAGAGAAUCUGCAAGGGGGAUAAACACCAUAAAAAUCUUGUCUAAGGCUGGCAAAUUUUUUUUCUUUAAUCAUUUUCCUAAUUCCCACAUAAUGACUUUUAAGGCUGUUGGCACCAUUUGAUUCACUGUGGUCCCUCAGCUUUCCCCAGUGAGUUGUGUGCCUACUAUCAUGAUCAUGAGAGUGCUGAGUGAAGCAGGUUUGAACGGAUCGGAGGAGAAUGAGAUGAGAGAAUCUGUGGUCCUCAUUCUGAGUCAUCAGAUGUAACCUGCUCUGGAAUUUCACUUAAUAUAAAACUGAAAGUGUUGUAUUCCUC